AUGCGGCGUGACGAAUCUAUCGAGCAAUUAGCUGAUAGAAUCCGAAACAUAAAUGCUCAGACUUACGAGCUUGUAGAGGACGAAAAUGAGAACCGGAUCCAGCUUUUCGAAGCCGAUCAGAGAGCACUUGACACAUUCAUCCAUGGGUUGUGUGGGGAAGAAGUAAACAAAGCAGUCAGACUCGAAGGCUGUAAAAUAUUUCAAGAAGCAGUAGAGGCAGCAGUUGGUUUUGUCGAAGCAUUGAGACGCCCAAAUGACAUGCGAAAGGAAGAACGUCGCGUGUUCAACUCAAAUGUGGAAUGUUACCGAUGCAAUAGGCCCGGUCACAAGCGCAAGGACUGUAAGGAGAACAGGACCUGCCACAAAUGUGGGAUACAGGGUCACUUAGCGAGGAACUGUCGCAACAAAAAGAAACCAAAUGUGAGCAGUAGACAACUCGGCAGAUCUUUAAACGAGUGCGGGGACGUACGUGCUACCACAGCGUCCGCCCCUUGCCCGAGGCAGUGA